GUGAUUAUUUCUUUAAAAAAUGGCCGAUUAUAAUAGACCACUACCAAUCAGAUCUAUGCCACCAAUGCCUCGUUCGUUACCGCCUCUAGGAAGUAGAUCACUGUCAUCGUUAUCUGAACAUAAACACUUUACAUGGAAUACUCAAUCAUUACAUGUAAUGCACGGAUAUAGACCAACCGUGUCAACAUCAAUUGGUGAGCAAAUAGUUGCACCGGUUCUAAAUCAUCAGUCAUCGCUUCCAUUACAACCAAUAUUAUCGCCCUGUUGGUCGAAUGCUGAACGUUUCCCACCUACUCACUAUCCUCCUCCUGUUCCUUUCGGUUAUUUGUCAAUCCCACAACAAUCUGUUGUUAAUUUUGAGUCAACUUUCAAUUCAUGGUUAAGUUAUUAUGAACCAAUAUUUAUCGAGCGUAGAAGACAAUGUAAAGAACAAAAUAAUAUACAACUACCGGUGUAUAGAAAUAUAUUGGUCAAAUGGUCAGAAUUAAUUCAGAAAAUGCAAUCAACUUCUACACAAAAUGAAAUGCCUUCUUUUUCAUUACAGAAUGAACUGAAUGCUGUUCAACAGUAUUGUAUAAAUCCACAUAUUACCAAUUUAGUGAAGAAGAAACUUCGUGUAAUCCACAAGAAAAGACGUUAUCUUAAACGUUUACGUGAUCGUAGACAAAAUUCACAACUACAAUCAUCAACUUCUUCUGUAAUCGUACAGUCUACAACUGGUAGUAUACUUGAACGAUUAAAAUCAGACAUAUCAUUGGCUAUUGUACAAUCAAGUGUUCAUGAUAAACAGGAAAUCAAUGUAGAUAACCAUACAGACAAUGUUAUUGACAAUGAAUCAAAACAGAAACUGUUUAAUAUUAGUGAAGAAAAUAACAAUCAUCAUCAUUUUAAUCAAAUGAAAACAACAUUACGUAAAUCCAUUGAUGAAUGUCAAAAACGUAUACAACUACUGAACAAUUUGGAAAAAUUACGUUCAGCACGAUUAGCACAAGCUGAACAACAAGGUGGUCUUUUUCCUUAUCAACUCAAUGAAAAAUUCAAUUCUGACAUGAAUGAAGUGAAAAAUCAACUAUCUGUUCAAAUCCAAAAGUUGGAAUCAUUAUAUUCAAAGGUUAAAGAUGCCAUUAGAAAUAUUGUAAAUCGUCAGUCCAAAAAUAACUAUAAUACCGUAUCUCGAACUGAGGGUAAUUAUUGCAUUCAUGUGCCCAAUUUAUCAAAAUCAAUAAAAAUGGAACUUUUUGGGAAUUACUCUACCAGUAAUUCUUCCAAGAUUCUACAACGUUGGGAACGUUUUUAUCAUCAGGCUGAUUAUAAUUUCUGUGAUUUCAUACGAAUCAGAUAUGCUUGGGAUAAAUAUCUUAAGAUGGAUAUUCCUACUAAUGAAAAUGUAUUAGAUAGUUUAACUAAUUUACAAUUACCGAAUAGUUGGAUCUUACCUCAAAUGAACAACAAUCAUCAUCAAAAUGACCAAAUUGAUAAUAUAAAGAAGAAAUGGGAUAAAUAUCUUAAGCCAAUUCCCUGUUGUUAUACAUAAUUCAUUUAUUUCAUCUGUUAUAUUGUAAACUGUAUUCAACUGAUUAUUUCACCUGUAUAUUAUCAUUAUUAUUUAUAAUGUCAAUUGUUUCCCCCUUUUUUUUAAAAAAGAUGUACAUUAUUUAAAUGAAAUUAACUUAAUACAAAUCAAUUUACAUUUGACGAUAGUUUAAACAUUAUAGAAAUAAACUAUUCUGUGAUUCAUUUAUUCAUUUGAUCUAAUAAGAGAUUAUUACAAAAAAGUAUAUUUUCUUGUAUUGUGGUGUUGUCUACUUAUAUCUA